AUGUCUGUGCCUGGCUUGUCAGUGCCUGCAACGACAGUGGCGACGCCAGCGUCAGCGAAUCCCACCGUCCUCCACGUGGCCGCCUUCAGCGGCUCCCUCCGCAAGGAUUCCUGGCACACCGGCCUCAUCCGCGCCGCCGAGGAGCUAUGCCAGGAGUUCAUCCCGGGGCUGAUCAUCGACCACGUCGACAUCUCCAACCUGCCAAUGGCCAACCCGGACCUCGAGACCGAUGGCGGCGACGGCUUCCCGCCGGAAGUCGAGCCGUUCCGCGCCAGGGUCCUCGCCGCCGACUGCUUCCUCUUCGCCUCGCCCGAGUACAACUACUCUGUCACCGCCUCGCUGAAGAAUGCGCUGGACUGGGCGUCGAGGGGCAGUGUCAAAUGCUGGGCUGACAAGGCCGCGGCGAUCGUCUGCGCGGGAUAUGACUUCAACGGCGGGAGGGGGUCACUCCACCUCCGCCAGAUCGGGAUCUACCUCGACAUCCACUUCAUCAACAAGCCGGAGCUCCACGUGAGGAUGUACGACGACCCGCCCAGUUUCGACGCCGACGGCAACCUCACCGACGCAAAGAACAGGGAGCGCUCCAGGCAUUCGCGCUCAGGCUCCAACCCAAGCAAGCCUAAGUGGUGA